UGGAGAAACUGAAACGUGAGACGUUUAGACAUCAUUAAAAGGAUUAAAUACAGAGUUUUUCUGUUUAUAUAAACUAAACGUAUUGACAGAAAACAAUGCUAUUUCUGUGGUAUACCAUCCUCUUGUUUUUCGAAUCGAACAACGGGGUGGCGUGAAUGUCAGCUCGACAACAGUUACUGCCUUAUCGGAUGGCGACAACCUUUCAACGUCGAGGUCUAUUCUUCGCAAAUGAUCAGUUUCUGGAAUUUUCCCAAGUGGUGCAGAUUAAAGAUAAGAAUAUUUAAAUGAGAAGUGAUUUUACAAUAGUGAAGGAUGAAUAAAAUGAAGGCAAAACAUUUCGAUCCAGUUGUAAAAACAUCAGCAAGCAAUGGAAUGCCUGCAAGAAAGUUGUCCAAAGUUGUUUCGUCUUUCAGUGGCUGCAGUGAAGUGUUUCAGCAAGAACUAUCAAGUUUAUCACAUGUUUGCCCCGCGACAUUAAUUAAAAGUGACUCUUCAUAUGAAAGGUUUUUGAAAAAUACUAAAAAAAUGGAUAGUUUGUCUGUUGAACCAUCACAAGUUGCGAAUAAUCAACGAAAAUUUCUUCCUAACAAUGAUAGUUUCAUUGUGGCGAUAAGACCAAUAAUUAUUUUAGCACAGUGCUUUGCAUUACUUCCAGUUGAUGGUACCAAUACCACUGAUGCAACAGAAAUAAAAUUUACUUGGAAAAGUUUGAAAAUUUUUUAUUGUCUUGUUGCAACCAUUGGAACAGCAAUCCUGACCGGUUUCAGUAUUCACGGAGUCGCAACAAGUUCGAUAACUUCAAAAAAAACAACGAAUGUUGUAUUUUUUGGGACAACCGGUGUAACCACUUUGCUUUUUGUAAAGUUAGCUCGAAAAUGGCCCGAUUUCGCGGUCACCUGGCAAAAUAUGGAACGAGAAUUAUCACCGAGAUAUAAUCGACGUAUUUCGAAAUUCAGCCUUGCUACGAAAUUUAAAAUGAUGACAUCCAUCGUUAUGAUGUUAGCAGCAUUGGAGCAUACAUUAUCUAUUCUCUCGGGAUAUGUGAGUGCAGUUGAAUGCACAUCUUUGAGCAAUGAUACAGAUAUUAUGGUAGCCUAUUUCACCUACCACUAUCCACAGAUUCUUAGAGCGUCUUCAUUCUCAAUUUGGCAAGGAAUCCUGGUGCAGUUCGUAAAUAUUCUGAGUACUUUUUGUUGGAAUUUCAUAGACUUGUUCCUUAUCCUUAUCAGUAUCGCUUGCACUGAUCAAUUUCGACAACUGAAUAGCAGAUUGUAUUCCAUAAGAGGAAAGCAUUGUUUCAUUGUGAAGGCGAUGCCAGAAUGGUGGUGGGCUGAAGCAAGAAUGGAUUUCAAUCGACUUUCAACAAUGACGAGAUACGUCGAUUCUCACAUUUCGGACAUCGUUCUCUUGUCCUUUUCCACAAAUCUCUACUUCAUCUGUAUCCAGCUUCUCCAUUCCUUCAACCCCAUGAGAAAUGCAGUUCAGACAGCGUAUUUUUGCUUUUCUUUUGGAUUUUUGUUGGUGAGGACUGCUGCAGUAUCCUUAUAUGCUGCAGGCAUACACGAUGAGUCUGUGCUUCCAGCUCCAGUUUUAUACAGUGUUUCGAGUUCCAAUUAUUCCACCGAGGUUGAUAGAUUUUUGACUCAAGUCACAACUGACAAUAUCAGUUUCACUGGGAUGAAAUUCUUUUCUAUCACCAGAAGCCUCGUUUUGACGGUGGCAGGAACCAUCGUCACUUACGAACUAGUCCUCGUCCAGUUUAAUUCAGUUCAACAAGCAGAACCAUCAAAUAUCACCAAAGUUUGCGAAAUGAAAUAAAAAUAUUUCUUAACCCCAAGUUGAAAAAUAAAUUCAGUUACUAAUUUUUUAUUAAAAAGAAAUUCGUAAAUAUUAUAGAAAUAAUGUAACUCAAUAAAUGGUUAAGGUU